AUUUCGGUGUUACACUAUUUUAGUCCCCCUUCACACAGCCUAGCCUCGCAAAUACUGCAUUAGGACUAAUUUUUAUUUCUUCUCGCUGCAUAUACACCUUUAUGCUUAUUUGUGCAUUAUAAUAUAGAGAAAGCGCGGUAGAAAUGAUUCAUUAUUUAUGAAUUUACCUUUUAAGACAGUCAGUACUUACAUUACAAGGCUUGUUAUUUUGGCUAGCUGUCUGGUUUCUCCAUGUUAACGUUAGCUAAACUAGCUACAUAUGCUACUAGCAGCUACCAGCUGCUUAAUAACGUGUAAUAAGAUUAUACAAAUAAAAUUACAGAAAAAUAAAACUCGAAGCGUCAAAAAAAUUCAGAACCAGGAGUUUUAACCUAACAUUCAAAUCGAUGCUUUGAAACGCUUGACGGAUAAACAAUAAACAAACAGUAGCACGGCGGUGUCUUAUUUAUUUGCUUCAGCUCCAGCUACUCAUUAAGCUCGAAGAUGUCCGAAGUUAUCCUCACGUUUCAGACCCAGCUCUCUGGAGUUAUGGAGACAGUGUUUAAGGCUGCUAUAUUUGAGAUCACCAGGCUGGUGGAGGACAGUUUCCUGGAGGAAGUGUCCCGGAGCCGUGAGCAGGUGGAGUCUCUGAAGAAGAAGCUGCAGUGGUCUGAGAGCAAAGGCAGGAGAAGAUGUGCUGAGUGUGGGAACAACAAACCGUCCGGUGAAGAAAGGCGAGAGAAAUCAUCUCCAGCACAAACAGGUGUGGAAAACGCUCGGAUUCUUAAACAGGAGAGAAGUGCGGAGGAGAGCUGGAGAAGCUGUGGAGUUGACAAAGCAGUUGAACUUUCUGGAAUGGUGGAAUCUGAGCCCGUAUCUAGUCCGGUUAACACUGCGCAGCAUGCUGUUCAAGCGGAAGGAAAGAUGGACUGCAUGCUUAAAUCUGAGUCUGCUCAGACUUCCACUGCUACUGAGCUACAAGAUGAGUGGAAACUGAGUACUGAAGUAACAGAAGGCUCUGACAGGCCUGCUCCUAGUAAGACCUACAGUGAGCAGGAGCUGCAGCAGAUUCAGAACGACUGGAGCUCUGGGUUGGAUCAAGCCCCAGAACCUGAACCUGAGCAAGACAUGGACCAUAUCCAGCGUCUGCUGUAUAGAACUCGCUACAACAUGGAGGACUUGGGAAGCUAUAGCAACCAGGAGCUGGAUAUGGGAGGGAUGAAUGGCCUAACAGACCCUCCUCAGAGAACUGGAGAGGUUUUGGGAUUUGGGGUGCUAGCAGGUUCUUUGCAGACUGACAUGGGUACAUCUGAGGAAUGCAGAAGACAGCUCAAAAAUAAACGAGCAAACAAAGGCUCACCGUCGUUACACAACACUUCAGAUAGCAGUGGCAUGGACUGUUUGCUUAUUAAUGAGGAUGGCUACUUGCAGGAUGUAAGCGGUCUCUCUCAGGCUCCAGGUUCACAUGCCGGAGACUCACAAGGACACCCGAUAUACAAUAGAGAUACAGUUAAUGAUAGUACUGAUUGCUUUUACAGUGGAAACGCAUUCAACCAGCCACUAGAGCUGAAUAAUGGAUCUGCAGGAAUGUUGGGAGACAGAGAGGACAGGGAUCAUGCUUGCAAUCAGUGUAUGAUCAGUUUCCCCGACCAGGUUUCCCUUAAAGCGCACUUGAAUGGUCACCGUCAUCGCAACGUCACCACUUCCUACGUCUGCAACCAGUGUGGGAAGAAGUUUCCUCAAGCCUGCAACCUGAAGGUCCAUCAACGCGUGCACCAGAGGGAGGGUCUGCACCUGUGCAGCCACUGCGGGAAAGGCUACACGUCCUUCAGCGACCUGCGGCGGCACCGAUGCAGCCAGGCUGGAGACAAGCCCUACAGCUGCUCACUGUGCGGGAACAAGUUCAGCCGCCUGUGGAACCUCAAGCUGCACCGGCGCAUCCACACGCAGGAGAAACCACACCGGUGCAGCAUGUGUGACAAGAGCUUCACCCGGGCGGACAUCCUGAAGGUCCACCAGCGCACCCAUACCGGAGAGAGACCAUAUUCCUGCAGGAUCUGUGGACUCACCUUUAAACGCCUCGACCAUCUCAGAUCACACCAGCGCAAACACGGAGCCAAUCUGAAUAACCAUCAGAACUAGCCAUCAGUAGAAUAAUGACGUCUAUACAGCAUGACUUUUAUUUUUUAAUCGGUGACUAAUAUUCAGAAUUGUAGUACAUUUAGUCCAAACGCUGCAUCUCAGUGACAUUCGUAAUGGAGGAAGGAGCAGGUUAGUGUAUUAAAGGAGCAGGUUAGUGUAUUAAAGGAGCAGGUUAGUGUAUUAAACGAGGAGGUUAGUGUAUUAAAGGAGCAGGUUAGUGUAUGAAUUGAGCAGGUUAGUCUAUUAAAGAAGCAGCUUAGUGUAUUAAGCGAGCAGGUUAGUGUAUGAAUUGAGCAGGUUAGUGUAUUAAGCGAGCAGGUUAGUGUAUGAAUUGAGCAGGUUAGUGUAUUAAGCGAGCAGGUUAGUGUAUGAAUUGAGCAGGUUAGAGUAUGAAUUGAGCAGGUUAGUGUAUUAAGCGAGCAGGUUAGUGUAUUAAGCGAGCAUUUUAGUGUAUUAAGCGAGCAGGUUAGUGUAUGAAUUGAGCAGGUUAGUGUAUUAAGCGAGCAGGUUAGUGUAUGAAUUGAGCAGGUUAGUGUAUUAAGCGAGCAGGUUAGUGUAUGAAUUGAGCAGGUUAGUGUAUUAAGCGAGCAGGUUAGUGUAUUAAGCGAGCAGGUUAGUGUAUGAAUUGAGCAGGUUAGUGUAUGAAAUGAGCAGACUGUUAUAAAACAGAUAUGAUGCACUAUGGACUACACACAGCGGUCCUAUGGUUUCUUUAGAUCUUUAGUCUUAUUUAUUACAGUUGAUAUUGCAAUUUUCAUAGUUUUAUUUGCUCCAAAAAUAUUUACUGCAGGUUUCACAGUGUUUUUAAAAUGUAUUGUGGUGUUUUAUUUUGCUAGUCCUAAAGUUAGAUAUGACAAAAAUAGUUUCCACUAGGCUUUUACGGGGCAUAGAACAAGACAGCAAAAUUAGUUUUAGAAACUGCCAGGGGUGGACAAAUCACUCAUUUAUUUGCUCACUCUCUGGUCAAGUUGCCUGCAACCUAAUGAACCUGCCCAAAGUGGUAGCGACCUUCAUGUAACAAUGUAGUUAGGUAUCUAAAGUCCCUGUGAUGUGCCUCGAAACACGCAGCGUUAUUCGAUGUGUUGACGUAAUUUCAACUGAAACAGGAAGUCAGGGCGGGGCAUAUCAUGUGGCUACUCCCGUCUUUUAAAAUCUCUAAUAGCUUUUAGGUGAGGUGAUUUUUGUUGUGUUGGGGGUGGGACAUUUCAGAUUCUAGACAGCAUUUGAUUGGUGCUAGAGAGAGACUGUACAUUUUGAAUGCAUGUAACUUCUAAAUGCGAAUUCAGUCAGUGUUUUGGAGCAAACUAGCUUAUAGGUAACCUUAAGGCCAACAUAUUCAUACUAAAAGCCACAAAACUUCAAUUUUGAUUUCAUGUGGACUUUAAAUGCAUUAAUACAGACAAAGGAAAACGAUUGAUUAGGCUAUGUGAUCAUUAUCCUCUUCUAACAAAGUUUCUGAGGUAACACUUCAUCUUUGCAACAUGUUGUUGGCCAGCUAUGAACUUAAUCCAGUUAGUAAAAUUCGUCCUACCAUCACCCAGGUUGUGCCUCUGGCAAUAUGAGUAGUGAAGUAGGAAGCAGUAGGAUUGGGAAGUCAUAGCUUGUGCUAUAGUAACAGCAUCAAGCUACAGAACAUCACCGUGAAGCACAUUAAGUUUAAACAUGCACAUCGAACAAAAACUUAAACGAAAAGCCCAGACGUAAAUUCCUUUGUCCCAGGCAGACGUUCAAGCGAUUUGUCCACCCCUGCUGUUUUUUGUUUUUUUUAACUGUAUAGUAAGAUGUUAUAUAAAAUACAAUGUUCUCAUA